AUGGUGUACCUCAAGACACUAGUCGCCGCCGCCGCCGGCGCAGGCCUGGCCCUAGCUUCUCUCUCUGGCCUCGACAAGAUCCCUCCUCUGGGCCUGGGAACAUGGCUGUCCGACAAGAGCAAGGUCGCCGACGCCGUUGCCUUUGCCGUGGGCGAGGUAGGCUACAACCAUAUUGACGCCGCUCUCAUCUACCGAAACGAAGACCAAACCGGCAAAGGCCUCGCCUCCUCCGGCGUUGCCCGCAAAGAUGUCUGGGUCACCUCCAAGCUCUGGAACACCGACCACCGCGCCGACCGCGCCGCAGCCGCCAUCAAGAAGUCCAUCUCGGACCUGGGCGUAGACUACCUCGACCUCUAUCUAAUCCACUGGCCCGUCGCCUUCAUCCCCGACGACCCCAACAACGCCCUCGACCGCGAAACCACCCUCGUCGACACCUGGAAGACCCUCGAAGGCUUCGUCAAAGCAAACUUAACCCGUCACAUUGGCCUCUCCAACUUUGCCAAGGCCGACGUCGAGACAAUCUUGAAGGCGGCGGAGAUCAAGCCCUACGCCCACGAGUUCGAAACCCACCCGUACCUCCAACAACAAGAGUUCGUAGACUGGCACAAGGAAAAGGGCAUCGAGGUCAUCGCCUACUCCCCGCUCGCCAACACGAACCCGACGUACAGCGACGACCUGCCCGCCAUCUACCAGGACAAGUUCUGGGUCGACGUCGCCGCCAAGAAGGGCGUUUCCGUCUUCCAGGCCGUGCUGGCGUGGGGUAUCCAGCGGGGCACAAGCGUGAUUCCCAAGAGCACAAAGGACUCGCACAUCAUUUCGAACCGCAAGGCGCUCGAGAUCGAGUUCACCGAGGAGGAGUUGAAGGAGAUUGCCAAGCAGGAUAAGAAGCACCGCUUGAGUAACCCGGGUGCCAAGUGGGGUGUCAAGCUAUUUGCUGAUUUGGAUGAUCCUGGCAGAAACGAGCCCACGAGCGAGGAGCUUUAA